ACACAAUGUUCAGAUCCCCUUUUAACCCUGGAAUUCCUUGAACCCUUCGUAACUCUGAGCCGAACCAUCAAUGUCUCCAUAAUCUGCUGGUGAUCCCUGCUGACACAUGUUGUGUAAAUGAAUCCUGUAUGACUCCUAAGCUGCAUGUGAGCCACUCUGACGCUUUACUCGAGAGUCGCGCUGCCACAGAUGUUUCCUGUUCCACAGCUGGUGGGAGGAGGGAUGCAUGGACGGUCCAGAGGGUUCACAUCUGCCAAGAGGCUGCUGCCUGCUGCAAGUGCAGUAAUCUGAAUAAUAGCUUUUACUGGCUGGAAGGUAUCGACCGGCUUCAGAUUUAGCAACUCACUCCUAAAGCCUCCAAACCUCCCUCCCUCCAUCUCCCUUCCUCUCUCUGUCAUCCCGGGUUUCAUCUCCACUGUGCAGUCAGUCUGCCUCCAGCUGAUGGGCAAAUUGGCAGCCACAUCAUUCCACCCUGCUGAGUUAUUGGGAUUCCUUUGAUGCUUUUCCUGUUUUCUAUUGAAGCUUCACUUGCACCUCUGCGUGUGUGCGUGCAUGUUAUUGGGUGUUAUUAGGCUAAUUGUUAUUGACUGACUCUUGUGAUUUAUAUUUAUCCUAUAGAUUUUUUUUUUUUUUUUUUGCAUUCCCUCGCUCCCAGCGCGAGGGAAGCCGCGGAGGAUGUUCUCCUCCUCGUCCAGAAACUCUCUGCUGUCGCCCUGGUCGUCCAUGGAGCAGUCCGACUCGGAGGCGCUGGACUUCAGCACCAAAGUGCAGCUUCAUGGUGUGCUGUGGAAGAGGCCCUUUGGGCGACCGUCCGCCAAGUGGUCACGCAGAUUCUUCAUCAUCAAAGACAGCUUCUUGCUCUACUAUGCAGAGAGCGAGAAGAGAAACUUUGAGAGCAGCAGGUACUUUAACAUCCACCCCAAGGGAGUUAUUCCUCUGGGAGGAUGUGUGGUGUCAGCUAACGAGGACAUGGGCAUGCCCUUUGCCAUUGUGAUCAACCUGGAAGAUUUUACGGGAGCCAUAGUCCUUGCUGCUGAGUCUGAGGAUGAGCAGGUCCAGUGGAUGGAGAUGCUGCAGGAUUCAGGAAAAGUCACGUGGAAGAACGCCCAGCUGGGAGAGGCCAUGAUCGAGAGUCUGGAGGCUCAGGGGCUGCAGCUGGCCAAGGAGAAGCAGGAGUAUCUGGAUAAACUGAUGGAAGAGACUGAAGAGCUUAGUCACCAGAGAGCACAGAGAGAGGAAUUGGAGCGUCUCAACCAGGUCUUGGAGGAGGAGAAGAUGAAGUAUGAGGAGGUGGUGCUGGAGCUGAAGGCAGAACAGGAACAGAUCAAACUAGACCUUGAUGGCACAUCUCAGUCACUGACGGGCGUUGAGCAUGAGAAGGAAGAACUGAACAACUUAACAGUUAUGCUGCAGAAAUCCAUCGAGGAGCUCUCGCAGGAGAAGCUGCGAACUCUGGAGCGGCUGGGACUGAAGGAGCAGGAGGAUGAGGAGGCCGGGAUGGCGGAGCAGUGCUUGGAGCUGGCCUGCGCGGAGGGCGAGAAGCUCGGCGACGUCCACCUGCUGCAGGACCUGCGACACAUCGAGGAGCAAAUGAGGCUCCUGCUGAAAGAGAAGGACCAGGCCGACGACAAGCUCCGGGAGAACGAACAGCGAGCCAAAGUCCUGCAGCAGGAGAGGGAGUAUUACUCGUCCCAGGCCCGGACGCUGCAGCAGUCGCUCUCCCAGCUCACGGUGGACAAGCAGCAAACUGAGGCUGAGCUCAAGGCAGAGAUUGAAUCUCGGGUGGAGCUGGAGAAGAGGCUGAAGCAGGCUGAAGAAGCGCUGCAGAACCUGGAGAAAGGCCUGAACUCAAUGGAGCGAAGCAGAGAACGGGAUGAGAAGAUGAAGGGGGAUGUGACUCAGCUGAGAAGAUUCUUUGAAGAGUGUAUUUGUGCAGCAGAGAUUGAGGCAAAGCUUCCAUCUAUAAUGAAGAAUGCUGUGUAUCUUCACAAAGCAGCUGCCCGCAGGAUCAAGAGCUGCCGAAUCCAGAGAAAAGCCUCCAGACGCCACUGGUUGAAACACUCCAAGUCGUUCGGUGUAGCCAGCGCUGAGAGUGGCAGCCUUGAGGAGCUGAGGGAGACGGCACGUCGCCUUACAUCUGAUAGCAGCUUCAGAGAGAGCGUCUACAAGAUCAUGGACCGCAAGAACCUGACCUGAUGAGACCAGACAAGUUACAUCUUAAAAUGUUUUAUUCAAAUUUUUACACAGCAUAUUUAGUCCGCUUUGACAGAAAAGUUGGUGAGACCUCUGAACUCAUCGUUUUCUACCACACCAUUCACUCAAGCAACCGUAUUAACAACCAUUAUUCAACUGAAGGCCAGACCGAUGUCGGAUCAAGAAGGAACAUACUACAGACGACAUGCCUUUAUGCUAAUACAGCAGGUUGAAUGUGUGAUUUCAUUUGUGAAGGUGCUGCAGAGUUCACUUCCCAAAUUUACUGUUCAAAAAUGAAUGAGUGUAACAGGCUUCAGUCACUUGCUUUGACAAGGUAGAAAUAAACACUCCUGGGGAGGGUUGUGGGAUACAUCACCAGGACCUGUAGAACACAACACAAGUGUGAUGAAUAUAUAGGCAAAAUGUUGUUCAUGACUUGGUCUUACAGUAAUUUCCCCUACAUGUUUCACUGUGCAUUCACUUGUCUCAAACUAUAUAAGUCACAUGUAAAGUUUAAGUUUGUAAAUAUCUUUCAACUCAGAUAUUCUCACUAUACACAUUUAUAAAUGAAUGUUAAAUUGAACUUGCACCAUAAAGUACAUAGAUUAAAGCAGUAGCACUUUGGUAAGUAACAGCAUUAAAUGAAUUAAAACGUCUAAUAUUUGGCUUGUUGUUGUUCACUCCAGUUCCAGACGUUGAAGUCUAUACUCAAUUACCUAAACUCGUAUCUGUGUUUCAAAUCCAAUCUGGAGUGUUUUAACAUGAGCUCAAUGCGCUGCAUUUCUCUUUGUGCUUUAGCGUUUUAACAACCUUUGCUGCCUGAGCUCAGUCGUCAUCAUAUGCACAAACCAAUCCGUCGUCUCAUCCUCUGCCCUUAAAUCACCUCUGUUUAUAUCUGCUGGAAACACUGUGGCCUAUUCAGUGCAACAGUCCCGUGGGCCCUGUGUAUGUCCAAUGCUGCAUUUCAGGGUCAUUCACGCUCACAUUUGGUUAGCAGGUAUCAGGCCGGCGGCCACAGAUGCACUGAAUGUCUCAGUAAGGUCAGCCACUGUCUGAAUGCAGCACUUUCCCUGGUAACAUAACAAGCGGAUGUAGUUCAUCUAAUAAUGCUCAGCAGAGAGGACGAGCUGCCACAGCCCUCGCGUUCCCACGCACUCUCUCUGCUCAGUCCCUCACCUCCUGCUGCUCCAUCCAGAUUUUAUCGCUAUGGCAACAGCUACAUCACAGGGGGAAAACCUAUGUGUAUGUGCCUUCUUUUUUCUCUUUAAUCAGAGAUUGUUGGAUUAGUGAAGUUGGCUUAUGAGUAGAAGUAGAACUAACGCCAUUGAACACAAAGUCUUUCAUUAAUUAUUGUGGAAUCAAUAAAAACUCAUACCCGCUGAA